AUGUUGGAAACUUGUCAAAGGCGUCACAUGCUACUAGGGCUCAGCCUAUUAGUGGCUGCAACAGUUAUAGUUCUCAUUAUCGAGUCGCGUUUUCCUGACAGUGAGAAUACUCGACGCUCGCGAGCUCAGCAGUUCGUCAUCGAAAACAAUUCCACAUGCUGGCAGCGCGAAGAAUAUAGUGUCAUACAGGAAUGUCAUCCGUGCACCGAAUUUGAUAUUGUAAGCAAAAGCCUUGGUGUAUGCAUACACACGCACUACAAGGAAGUUCUACGUUGUAAAAGUGGAGAAACUGUGACGCGUAGCUGUGAUCGUGUCGCGCUUAUCGACCAGCGUAAUUUCAUUAAAUUUGAGAUUACAUGCUUCUGUAUAGGCUCACUUAGCUACCUGGUUUCAUAUGCCAGAGAUCGAAUAUUAUCACGAAGAACGCAUUUAAAAAUUGAACGACAAUUGAAUCGCAUGCAAUAACAUUAAGAGUAAUGCAGCUUUAGGCUACUGGGAUAUGAAUGUGUAUGUAUUAAAGUUAUGAGAUUUUAACGAUAAGUUAAGUGUAUUAAGAAUAAUUUGUUACGAACGUAAUACUGAUUAAAUUUUAAGAAUGCUACUUCCUUAUUCUUGAUUAAAAUUAAUAACGAUAUCAUCUUAAAAAUGGUUAA